AUGAAAGUUACUUUUGUAAUAUUCAUCUCUAUAUUAUUUAUCUAUUUGAAUGCUAUCAUGGUCUACGCUCUCUUGAGCAAGCCUGUUUUUAAAGAGUCUCCACGCUACAUACUGUUUAUAAACAUGCUUGUCAAUGACUCGUUUCAGCUUCUCUUUACCGCCAUGUUGUACAUUUUCAGGUUGUCUGUACUCAGGUUUGUCACAGCAGCUUGUACUUUUAUAGUUUUUAUUUCAGUUACAACGUUCCGUAAUGCACCAUUAACCCUGGCUGUUAUGUCACUAGAACGUUAUGUGGCCAUAUGCUUUCCUCUAAGACAUGCUGAAAUAGCCACUCAAAAAAGAACUUACAUUGCCAUUGGAGUCAUUUGGUUUAUUGGUUCUGUAAACUUUGUAAUUGACUUGCUUUAUGUAGCAGUGAUGGACAGUAACUUUUUAACUUCACAAAUAUUGUGCACAAGAGAAAGGCUCUUUAUAAAGCAAUGGCAAGCAGAGGCGUUACAGGGCUUUAGCAUAUUUUACUUUGUGUCAGUGUCUAUAAUCAUCAUUUUUACUUAUAUCAAUAUUGUAAUAACAGCCAGGUCCAUUACUUCCAAUAAAGACUCAGCUUCAAAAGCUCACAAGACCGUGCUGCUGCACCUCAUUCAGCUAAUCCUGUGCCUUUCCUCUUUUUUCUACAGCUUUGUUGAGCGAGCUGUAGCAACAGUUAGCGACAAUAAACUUAGCAUAGAAUUGCUUUAUCUAAAUUAUUUGUUUGUGCUGAUCUUGCCACGCUGCCUAAGCCCACUCAUCUAUGGAUUAAGAGAUGCUGCUGUACGGCCAUUAUUCAUCUAUUAUUUCUGCUUUGCCACAGGGAAACGCAGGUCUACAGUCAAUGUACACUGA